GGCACAGUGUGGCGCUCAUUCUUGGGACUUUUUGCACUGAGUGAAGGGCUACACAGCAUAAACUGAGCCUGUAACAUAAUACUAACAUCAAGUCGUCUUCAUGAGCAAUUUGGCCAGCAAGUUCGACUUUUAGGAGAAAUAAAGGUCAUCGGGAGGCUGACAGUUUACUAUGUUGUGAAGCAAUUAAUACAUCGCUAACCACCACACCUUCUUCUCCCCGAACAUUAUCCAGAUUCCUUCCACCUUGACUGAGAGGCGCAUCUGGGAUCCUGUCUGCAAAUGUUCUCUUCAGAUCCUCCGAGCCUCCAGGUCUCUCUCGUGUUACUGUCGGCCUGGCCUGGACUUCAAAGUUUACGGAGUGAGCUAGCGCGCGCAAUUGGUGGAUUUAACCCCUGAUCAAGCAACGUGAUCCGAUUCAAUUGCAAUUUCAGCGCUGGGUCCGCUAGUCCCGUAGUCGAACCGUCAACUGGUUCAGAAAAGGGUCUCCGCAAGUCCGUCUGGGCCCUGAAUUGCGAUCUCGACAAUUGGCCUCCAAAGCCGCAAGCUCGACACAUGGCCAACCAAGUUGCUGGACAAUUCGCUUUUUCAUUAUCUUGUUCCACCAAACCUGUCUCACUGCUAGACACAGUGUCUUCGUGCUAUUGCCUUGGCGUCAGCCAUCGUUCGAUUUCACAAAGUUUGCAGCUGAAGACUCCCCCGCUUCUCGGUCCGCAAAAUGCGGCCGACAGUGCCAAAUGACCCAUCCCAAGAGCCUAAAAGGCGCAAGGGGACUCGAAUAUAUUAUGGACAAGGGCCCUAAAUUGAGAUUCUGAGAAUGUCCUGAUUGCGGAUGAAUUGCUGGAUGUUCCGCAUCCGGUCGUCUAACACCCUUCCCAAGUGCGAGGCAAACGACUCUCUUAUAAGGAUGUGAGCGAGCAGUCGCUUAAUACGACACCAGAGCAAUGAUUCUUAUCUUUGUGGUCGCCUUUUUUGCCCUCAAUGCGCUUGGGGUGAAGCUGUCCCGUGAUUCUGUGCCUGAGAGCGACCCUCAGGUUUUACUGACGCAGGGUUCUCGCAACUCUCUUCAUGGUGGAUACGGUCGAAUGGUUAAUGAGAAAAGCUCGCUUACUCUUCUUUACCAGAACAACCUGAAUGCAUCCGAUGAUGGAAACCAUGUUGGUGCGAUCCUUCUGGACCCCAUGGGGCAACAUGAUAUCCGCGACGCUUGCGAAGAGAUCGGAGAGUCGAUGAUCUCCUUUUCCACCUUUUUAGAGUUCAAGGAAGACUUUCUGGACUUGUUUUCAUACUUCUUCUACUCUAAAGGUUUGACCGGGGAGGACGCACGCGGCCGUUUCUACGUACGAAAUGGAGUGCUCACUGUCAACAAGGCUGAUGAACAUUUCGAGCACUCCUCUUUCCCUUCUCGAGACGUCCAACUUCCGGUCCUGUGUAUUCAGACAAGUGCCGGUGGCAGUACAAAAGGAAGGGACAUGGCGCGGAAACUCAUCCGAGUGAAGUCAACGGGCAACACAUACAUUGGAUCUCGAGAUCAAAAGUCCUUCCGGUUCUUGGGCAUACCAUAUGCCGAUCCUCCCGUCCGAUUCUCCUAUCCAAAGCCAUAUUCUGGCAAGUCUCGCACGAUUUACGCCACCGAAUACGGGCCUAGGUGUGCGCAAGUCGAUGGAGGAAGCGAGAACUGCCUCCAUUUGAACAUACAGACACCGUACAUUCCGAGGCUAAAUUCCACAAACGACCUACGACCGGUUCUCUUCUGGAUCCAUGGUGGGGAUUUCACAGAUGGCACGGGUUCAGAUCCUAUGACUGACGGUGGAAAUCUUGCCUCUCGGGAGGAUAUUGUGGUCGUUUCUUUGAAUUAUCGACUCUCAACGUUAGGCUUCUUAGCUGUCCCGGGUACUGAUAUCCGCGGAAACUAUGGAAUUGCUGAUCAGGCCCUCGCUCUCCAGUGGACUAUCAAAAACAUCGCUCAGUUUGGUGGUGACCCUAAGCAAAUCACCAUCAUCGGCCAAUCAGCCGGGGCUACCUCCGUGAAGGCCCUCUUAGGUUCGCCCACCACCCUAGGCAAGUUUCAGGGUGCUAUUGCGAUAUCAGACUUGGGCGGACGUACUCCUGGAAGCAGUGAAACCACAUACGGCACCUAUAUGAGCAUCCCCGACUCGUACCACAGUACUGGCCUGAAUAUCUUCUCUGAAGCAGGCUGCAGUGAAGGUCCUAUUGAGCAGCAAGUAUCCUGUCUAAAGGAAGUACCUGCAUCAACUCUGGUGAAUCUUCCCACAGUCGCGCGCCACAUCGUUCAGGACGGGAAAUACAUCAACACGCCGACCCUCAACCUUCUUGAACGAACACAAGGCAGACCAAAUGUCCCCGUCAUCUUUGGAAACACAGCUAAUGAGGGCGCAUCUUUCGCUACCUACCCCUCAACCACCCUAACCACCGAAGUCGAAGGCGUCGCCGAAUCCCUCCAUAUCACACCUGCAAAGGCCCAACGCAUCCUCGACUCAGGCCUCUUCCCCUCCCCAAACACGGGGAACCUCACUUUGGACGCCUUCACGAUCGCCCAACGAAUAGCCACCGACCUUCUAACCCGCUGCCCCACGCAGGCCGCCCUCAUCGCAGGAAUCUCCACCCGCGUCUUCAAAAGAGCAUACUAUUAUCAAACUCAACGCACAAUAAGCGGCAGCCGUAACUCUAACUCCCUUGGCUCCCCAUCCCAAACACCAGACUUCCCGCUCGGCGACCCGGACCUCCCCUACUUCCGGCUCCACGGCGACGACAUCCCUUUCAUCUUUGGCAACAUCGAAUACACGCGGGACGCUCUAGAUCUACAUGCUGCGCAGCUAAUCUCCGCGUACUUUGCGCAGUUCGUCAGGACGGGAAAUCCGAAUCCGCAUAAGGACUUUCUUGCUGCACGAGGUUAUCGCCUUACACUGGACGCGGUCAAUGCGUUUGAUAAGUGGCAAUCUGUGAAGGGGGUCGAGGGGCCAAUUCAGCUGCUGGAUUUUCCGAGCGAGAAGGGUACGUUUUGGGACGUGGAGCAGUGCGAGUUUCUGGGGUUGCCGAUUACGCAUUAUCUGGGUCAUGAGCCUGAUAGUGAGGUGGUGGAGGGUUCCGCUGAGUGACUUUGGUUGACUGUUUCUGGUUAAGGUUGUUUCCUUACUACUACUGGCUCGACGGAGCUAGUGUAUAUAACACAAAGUUGGGUCCAUCUAUAUCACUGCGCGAGGUAUAUAUAUAAUGAAGAUUAGGGUACUACAAUUUCGAGAUCUACAAUUUCAUUUAGGUGCUACGUUACCUGGAGAUAUAGAUGACCAAAAAUAUAUGACCAUUUUAACAGUUUAGCUUGGAUAUAUGUAAUUUGUCCAUUUCUGUAUCAUAUCCAUAUCCAUAUCCAUACCAACCAUUCCAGUCCAUUCCAGUUCGUCCGUCCCAUAGUACCCAGGUCCAAUCGAACCCUUGUAAAAGGAUAACGCGGAGAGAAACAGAAGAUGUAAAAUAGAAAACUCUUUAUACAGCACAGAAAGAUGCAUCAAUGGUUGUAGUAUAAGUCGCGCGGGGAUGUACAUGUUGCGAUGGUGAUAAGCGGAGCAUAAAAACCAAGCCAGGAGGGUCGUGUUGUAUGUUGUUGGGAGGUUGUUGUGUCGGAGCGUAGAAGGUACCAGAUCAUCCAGGAAUAGGUGCGAUCAUUAUCUUUCAUGAUGUCCAUACCGAUCAUCGGGAGAUUUCUCAUAUUAUUCAUGUGUCGUCGUUUGCGGUGCGGGUAUUCGUGUAGUUGUGUGUCGUGGGUAUUUUGAGCAUGAAUCGGGAGAUGUAAAAAGCAGAACGAAAGUCGGGAAAUAACAUAGAAAAUUGGCCAAGGGUCCAUCACUCCUCGUCCGUCAAUUGCCCAAGUAACCGUAGGUUGAGAAUCAUGACGAGCAAUCCAAUUGAUACGAUCACCAUCAGGGCGAAACCGAACCAACCCAGAACCAUUGCGGAGGUUCCAACACCACUUCUGACACUGCCGUUCCCUAGAUCUUGAGCUAUUGUGCUUGCUGCGACUGACGCUGUAUGCUGCCAUAACACGGACACGAGCACGAAGACCGCGGCAAUGAAGAUAAGGGCGAGGGCAACCUGGGAUACAGGGCGCGACGGGAAAGGCUUGACUUCGACUUCGGAUCCGCUGGCGUCAACUUCCUCGUGCCAUCCAGGGAAAGUUGCGAGGAUAAUGAAGCAAAAGAAGGAAAGGAUGACGGCGAUAAUUCUGUGGCAAGUUAGGGUUAUCGUCAACAACGGAAAUUGCUAGACUCACAUCAGGUACGGGAACACCACUGCAUCCUUGAACGUUGACGCAACCCAGAUUAGAUUCAGAGGAUCUUGAUCGACAGUAACAAUCUCAGCCAAAGCUGUCGCGUUGGCGUUGCAGAUGUACGAGCCACCGUCCGGUUGGACACAGAUUCCAAAGUAUCCCACGCGGACCUCCAUCUGUGCACCUCCAACAAUAUUUGCCGUGGCCGUCACAACUCCAGGAUCUACCUGGGCAAGACUGAAUACUGGAUCGUACCGCUCAUAGUACAUGGAAAUGAGGAAAAUGUCAGGUAUUUGCGGAGAUGAUGACGAGCAUCCCGCGAGUAAUAGUG